AUGGAGGACUCAUCGCUUUUGAUCGGUUUCGUCGCAGCCAUCUUUCUUGUUUUUCUUGUUGACAAUCUUCUGCAUUCGAGUAAGAAUGCCCCGUCUCUUCCGCCCGGUCCCAAGGGCCUCCCCAUCUUGGGGAACCUCUUGGAUUUACCGAAGCCAACCGAGUUUGCCGCCCAUUUCUGGGCCAAACACAAAGACCUAUAUGGUCCCAUCAGUUCUGUCAACAUACUCUCGAAAACCGUGAUCAUCCUGAACGACCCGGAAACUGCCUUUGAUCUUUUUGAAAGACGAUCCGCCGAAUUCUCAUCCAGGCCAACCCAGGAAUUUGCCGCAGAUUUUGUUGGAUGGGGACCUGGGACCGGGCUGCUCAAGUACAAUGAUUCCCUCCGUUUCCAGCGCAAGGCCAUGGCCCGCAUCUUGGGAACGAAGUCGGCAGCCGCACAGUAUAAUGACUUACAAGAGGCUGAGGUGGCUCACUUCUUGAUCCAUGUUCUGAACAACCCAAAAGAUCUCAAGGAUCACAUCAAAAGGGAGGCUGGGGCGGUGAUCCUGAAGCUGUCAUAUGGCUACAACACAGAGAAGUACGGGAGGGACCCUCUUCUCAGUAUGAUGAACCAGGCAAUGGCAAAUCUUACUUUCUCUAUUGUUCCUGGGAACUUCCUGGUGGACAAUUUCCCGAUUCUGCGCUAUGUUCCUGAAUGGUUUCCCGGAGCCGGGUGGAAGAAAACGGCAAAGAAAUGGGCCAAAGAACUGAAGACCACCGUCGAGACACCAUUCCAGUUCGUCCAAAAUCAAAUGGCCGAGGGAAAACACGAACCAUCGUUCCUUUCACGAGCGCUUGAGAGUACCGAAGACGCACCUCAGGACGUCUUCAACUACAAGUGGACUGCGACGGGUCUCUUUGCUGCUGGAUCAGAUACUACGGUAGCGGUUAUUGCUGCCUUCUACCUGGCGAUGGGUAUGUUCCCUGACGUCCAGAAGAAGGCUCAGGCAGAGGUCGAUGCCGUAGUUGGCAGCGAGCGGCUACCCGUAGCGAGCGACCGCAAGAACCUGCCCUAUGUGGACGCCUUGGUUAAAGAAAUGCUGCGCUGGCAUGCGAUUGUUCCCAUGGGCCUCCCCCACUCCUGUUCAGAGGACACCGCAUAUAAGGGGUAUCGAAUUCCUAAAGAUUCCAUCUUGUUGCCGAACAUCUGGUGGUUCACGCAUGAUCCCGCUGUCUACCCAGAUCCCAUGGAGGUUCGACCUGAACGCUUCCUGCAGGAGGGCAAGGAGCAGCCGCCUGAUCCACGCCAGUUCGUCUUCGGUUUCGGCCGUCGGGUCUGCUCAGGCAGGCUACUAGCGGAGAAUGCUUUAUACCUCACCAUUGCACAGUCCUUGGCUGUGUUUAACGUUACGAAGGCAGUUGUGGAUGGAAAGGUCGUCGAGCUUAAGGCUGAAUUUGAGCCAUUGGCGGUGAGCCACCCAGUUGACUUCCAAGUGUCUGUGAAGCCUCGGUCGUCGCACCAUGAGGAGUUGGUUCGGUCGAUGGAGGCCAAAUUCUCAUGGCAGGAAUCGAACGCGAAGGACUUGAAUUUGACCGAUUCCCCAUGUCUCUACUCAAGACAGCACUUCGACCAAGUCACCAUGGCAUCCGAAAACUUGAAGUGUCUUGAUAGCGCUGACUUCUACACCGUCGGCUGGAUCGCCGCGCUCUCCAUUGAACGAGCAGCAGCUGAGGCUAUGCUUGACGAGGAACAUGGAGCACCAAAGAACUUCCAACCUCCCCCAAAUGACAGCAAUUCAUAUACUUGGGGUCGCAUAGGAGAGCAUAAUAUCGUUAUUGCGUCUUUGGAAGAGGGCGUUUAUGGGAUUGCCUCUGCUGCUGCCACCGCCUUACGAAUGACUUCUACGCUACCUUCGAUCCGAGUCGGGCUUCUAGUCGGUAUUGGUGCCGGCAUUCCACGGCCUGACGAUGACGAGCUUGAUGUACGUCUAGGGGACGUGGUAGUGAGCAAGCCGGACGGGACGACAGGUGGCGUUCUUCAGUACGACUUGGUAAAAGCCACGCCCGGUAAUCGUCCCAAGCGGCAUGGCUUCUUGGUCCCCCCGCCGCACGUCUUACUCAAUGCUGUUUCCAAAAUCCGAUCAGUUCAUGAGCGCAAGGGGUCUAAGGUCCCUUCGAUCCUUGAACGUAUGUUGAAAGAAAACCCUCUCAUGGGGAAGCAAACCAAGAAAAAGCCCGGCUAUAUCCACCAAGGAUUCGAGAACGACCGCCUCUUUCCGUCUUCUUACGAACACAAUUCAGGCAAAGAUUGCGCUUCCUGCGAAGCAACUAAAGAGAUCGAACGCGAAGCACGGGACUCGCUAGACCCCGAAAUCCAUUAUGGCGUUAUUGCAUCCGGCAGUACCCUCGUGAAGAACGGUGUGCUUCGCGAUGAAAUAGUGGCUGAUGCAGGAGAAAAUUGCCUUUGCCUUGAAAUGGAAGCUGCGGGCCUAAUGAACCACUUCCCGUGUAUUGUUAUCCGUGGAGUCUGUGACUACGCCGAUUCUCACAAGAACGAUCGUUGGCAGCGAUACGCGUCUGCCACCGCCGCCGCGUACGCCAAGGAGCUCCUUGCUUACGUGCCGCUCGCAGGCGUUCAGGAAACUAAGCGCAUGUCGGAUGUUUUGAACUCGGUCGCACGAGUAACACUAGCUACAAAAGGGACACUCGACUCGCUUGCAACCGAAUCUCAUCGUGAGAAAAUUCAAAAGUGGAUAGCCGCUCCUGACCCCAAUUCAAACGCCGGUCACGCCCGAGAGCUCCGCCAUGAUGGAACAGGCUCUUGGCUAUUGGAAAACGAGACGUUCCAGGGCUGGGUGUCCGGGAAACACAAGCAUCUAUGGUUACGUGGGAUGCCCGGAGCUGGCAAGACUAUUCUGAGCACGACGAUUAUAGAUUACCUCGCGAAGGUCAGCGACCAGCCCGUCUUAACCUUCUUCUUCGACUUUAGCGACACUGCUAAGCAAACCAAAAAUGGCCUCUUGCGUUCGAUCGCCCUUCAAUUAUUUCAAAAGGGACUCGAUAUCGAAGGACUUGUCAACGAUUUAUUUCGGCUGCGGCAAGAUGAGAGCGACAAGUUGACGACACGUACACUUGAAGACCUUGUUCAUGCCAUCUUAGAACUGAGGAAAGGGGUUUUCAUCGUUCUUGACGCCUUGGAUGAGUCAAGCUCAAGAGUAGAGCUUCUGUCUUGGAUCAAGACAAUGUUCGAAUUUGACCACGUCAGAAUGAUUUAUACUAGCCGAGAAGUAGCCGAGCUCAUACAAGGUGUUCCCAAACUGAUUGGAGAGGAUUGUUGUCUUUCCGUGGAUCGAGAGGCAGUCGACGUCGACAUAUUUUCCUACGUAAAGGAAACUAUUGAAAGCGAUGUUCGUUUUACGAGCAAAAGACUGGACCAGCACGAAGAUAUCAAAGACGAGAUCAAUAACAAAGUUGGCAAUGGGGCUCAGGGGAUGUUCAGAUGGGCAGCUUGUCAACUCGACAGCCUUGCCAAAUGCAUGUCUCCUAGGCAAAUCAGAGAAGAACUGGGCAGAUUGCCGGGCGAUCUAUCCGAGACUUAUGAAAGAAUGCUCGAGAACAUACCGAAAAGCUUCAGCAAUAGCGCCGUCCAACUACUUCGAUUUAUUGUCCAUGCGACACCACCGACGCUGCAACAGGCGAUUGAGAUUAUUGCUACCAACAUUGAGGAAGAGCCCCCGCAUUUCUAUAUCGACUGCAGAUUAUUUGAUAGCGCUGAAUUCCUGCAUCACUUUACAAGCUUGGUUUCAGUUGUCGAAGUCAGGUCUUACCGGAAUGAAGCGACACAAGAGAUACAUCUUGCGCAGUUCUCAGUCAAAGAGUAUCUGAAAGACCACCCCCGAUUUAGAUACAAGGAUGCUAGCAUUACAAUCACGAAAACCUGCUUAGCCUAUCUUACAGACAUAAAAGGCCUCCGAUGGAACCUUCAACAGAACUUUCCUAUGGCAAGAUAUGCGUCUCUUGCCUGGUUUAAACAUGCCCCGGUCGCAGAAGCAUCAGAAGAUGUUUCAGCAAGCAUAGUCAAGUUCCUUCAGAACAGGAAGACGUUCCAAAGAUGGAGCUACUGCUACCAUGACUUCGAGGAAGAAGACCUCUGGGACAGCUAUCACGAACUUCCUACUGGUCCUAGCCUUCGUUACGCCUGCUCUGGUGGACUCGCCGUGACCGCUAAGUCGAUUUUACACCAAGGCGCGAAUAUAAAUGCCGGAGGGGGUUCUCAUCAGAACGCUCUCCAGGCAGCUAUAUAUGGCCAGAAUCUUGAAAUCGUAAAGCUGCUUCUGGAAGAUGACGAUCUACACAUUGACGCCGAAGAUGGCACACUUCAAGAGGCGCUUCAAUUGGCGUCCAGUCUCGGCAAUAUCGACAUUGUACGGAGCCUCCUAGAGAUGGGCGCAGAAGUGAACCCAGAUGUAUCACUAUUCAAGACUUCGCCGUUACAGGCAGCUUGUGCCAGCAGCCACUGGGAAGUUGCGAAACUGCUUCUAGAGUACAACGCGGAUCCCAAUUUGCAAGGUGUCGAACGCGGAAGCGCCCUCUCCGCCGCCGCUAGGCGUGGAGACCUCGAUAUUGUACAACUCCUCCUCUCGAAGAGAGUCGAUAUCAACGCCUGCUACGAUUUCCAUGAGAACGCGCUCCAGGCUGCUGCCAACGGCGGCCACAUCAAGAUCGUGCAAUUGCUGCUGCGGGAGGGAGCAGAUGUCAACGUUCAAUGUGGUCAUUACGGGGAUGCACUCAAGGCUGCGAUUGUGUGCAGACACAACGAUAUUGUCAAACUGCUCCUUGAUAAAGGGGCAGAUGCCACAGCGAAGAAGGGGUUCUAUGGGACUUCGCUACAAGCAGCGGUUUGUGGUAAGAACCAGGAGAUUGUUGAAUUACUCCUGGGCCUCGAAUUGGAUGUCAACGAAGAGGGAGGCGAAUAUGGAAGCGCCCUGCAAGCUGCAUCCGAGAGGGGCUAUGAUGACAUUGUGAGACUGCUACUCAGCCAUGGUGCCAACGUCAACGCUAAAGGAGGCAAGUAUGGAACUCCGCUAUUGGCAGCAUGUUACUGCGGCCACCGCAGCACUAUGGACAUUCUGAUUGCAUCAAACGCCGACGUCAGCACAUUGCACAUAGUCGACAACUACGUGCAUCUCUUAUCCAUGGCAUGCGAGGGCGACAUUAACAUGGAAUUCUUCGACAUCCUAGCAGAAUUUGAAGUGAACUUCAACAUACCUCAGAACACUCUGGAUUAUUUGCUAGAGACUGCAUCUUUUUUCGGUACAGUUGAGACUGCACAGAUUUUGCUUGAUUUGGGCGCAGACGUCAAUGCUCAAGGUUUCCAGGGUUAUGACAGUUCUCUUUGCGCGGAUAUCAAUCUCGGUGGCGAAUACAGCACUGCUCUUCGUUGUGCAGCUUCCAAGGGCCAAGAAGCCGUUGUAGAGAUGCUGCUAGACUUGGGCGCUGAUGUUGACGCGGAGGGUCCAGGGUCCGCCACCGCCCUCCUAGCCGCCUCAGCAAACGGACAUAGUGGUGUUGUCCGGAUACUUCUUGAGAAUGGAGCUGGUAUCAAUCUUGUUCAACCAUCUCUAAGUUACAACGGAUUACUUUCGUUCAUCCUUCCAAUGAAUCUCACAGUACUUGACCACAUUCGCCUUAUUGCGGCCGUUACCCUGGGAAUAACCAUCCCAGCCACGGCGCAAGACACCAGCGUAAACAUCAUCCUCGACGACAAAUAUCGCACCAUCGCCCCUCCAAACGAUGACUUCCCCUACGACGCCAACCACGCCUCGGUAGUGUCCGUCAUCCUGCUCAUCCUCUCCCUCACCUUCGUGGGUAUAAGCCUCAAGGAAAGCAAACGCUGGAACUCCACGGUCCCGGCAGCCCUCACCAUCGGCGCGGCCUCGUGCAUCCUCCCGGAGGCGAUGGACAACUACCUGGCAAACUGCUACUGGGCCCAGUCCCACGACCCGAGGUUCCUGAUGUUCACCUUCCUGGGCCGCGAGUUCGACAUCUUUGUCGGCAUCAUCUGGUGGUCCUUCGGCGCCGUCCUCGGCUGCUGCAUAUUCGGGGCCCUCAUGCGCGGCGUGUCGACGGGCACCCUCUGGAAGGGGCUGGCGCUCGCGGGCCUCUUCGACAUCGUCCUCGAGGAGUGCCUGCUCAACUACGGCGGUCUCUACUUCUACUACGGACACCAACCGCUGGUGUUGAUUGCCAUGUUCCCCUGGUGGUGGCUUUUCUGCAACGUCUCGGCCAUCUUCAUGGGCAUUGCCGUGACGUAUCGCUACCGUGAGUGGUUCAACGGCUGGAGGAGCGUGUUUGUUCUGCCCAUCCUGCCGUUCUGCUACAUCGGGGCGUGGUCUCUGGCUGCGAUGCCGACCGUUUACGCGGUCCAGGCCGACUAUUCUCCCCUCGUCACCCAGGGUUGCGGCGUGCUCACCUGUUGCAUCGCGUUGGUGCAGACCGGUGUCAUGAUGGAUGUCAUUCUGGGCAGAGAUCCUCUGGAUCUUGAUUCUUGCUGCUGGGACGUCUCUUUUCAAGGUGCAAAGACUCUGGACAGCCGUAAAGUGCGUUGGAAAUCAUCCACUUAG